AUGAAUCAUAUGAUUAUACACAAUUAUGUGAAUGGUGGUAAAGGGAAUAUUUGUCUUUUUUGGAGUGAUUCUAUUACUACACCAACUGUGGUUUCAAUUACAAAACAAGUAAUUACAGUAGAUGUGGGGGGAGUUCUGGUUUUAGGAGUUCAUGCUGAUUCUUUGUCUGUUGAUAGGAGGGAGUUAUGGAUGGAAUUGGAUAGGAUAAGUUUUUUGAAUUUACCAUGGUUAGUAAUAGGUGAUUUUAACAUAGUCUUAAGCAUUGAGGAGAAAAAAGGUGGAAGAUCUCCAUUGGGAGUGGCAAUGCAGGAUUUUCAUGAUUGUAUUAAUGCUUGUUGUCUUAUAGAAGCUCCUAAAACUGGUAGGCAUUUUACUUGGUGCAAUAAUAGAGCAGGUAGUAAAAGAAUAGUAUGUACUCUAGAUAGAGCAUUAUAUGAUAUGAAAUGGUUGGAGACUUAUCCAGAAUGGUGUUAUAAAGUUGGAGUGAGGGGAGUUUCAGAUCAUAUCCCCUUGUUAUGUUCUGUUUUGAAUAUUCAAAAGCCAAAGAAUAUAACUUUUAGGGUGUUAAAAGUUUGGUUGGAAGAGGAAAGUUUUAAGAAGGUAAUUCAAGAUGUUUGGAACGAAGAGAUAUAUGGAAAUCCUGCCUAUAUUUUCAUGAACAAAAUGAAGUUAAUGAAGAUAAAAAUCAGGGAAUGGAAUUGGAAUGUGUUUGGAGAUGUUAGAGUAAAAAUGCAAGAAGCUGAGAAAGAGGUGAUGAAAGCUGCAUUAUUAUCUGAUAAUGAACCUGAUCCUAAUACAAUAGCAAACUACUUGGAGAAGCAUUUUGAAGACAAGUUCAAGAUUAAAGGAGUGGAUUUUGCUGAGGGUAUUAUUGAUGCAAUUCCAGGUGUAAUAACUGAAGCAGAUACCAUGGUAUUAGAAGUUGUUCCUUCAGCUAAAGAAAUUAAAGAGGCAGUGUUUGAUCUGAAUGCUGACAGUGCACCAGGACCAGAUGGUUUUCCUGGAUUUUUCUAUAGAUUUGCUUGGGAUAUUUUAGGGGAAGGAGUGAUAAGAGCAAUACAAUAUUGUUGGAGCAAUGGUUUUAUUCCUUGGGGUAUGAACUCUAACUUUCUUUUCUUAAUUCCAAAAGUAAAAUGUGCAAGGAAACCAAAUCAGUAUAGACCUAUUGGCCUUAGCAAUUUCAGCUUCAAGAUUUUUACUAAAAUUAUAACAUCAAGAAUGUAUGGAUUGCUAGAGAAAGUUGUUUCAUCUCAACAAGGAGCUUUUGUAAAAGGAAGGUGUAUCCAAGGAAAAAUAAUGCUUGCUUCUGAGAUGGUAAAUGAGAUGGAUAUUAAAAGAAGGGGAGGUAAUGUGGGGUUAAAACUAGACAUCGCACAAGCAUAUGAUUCUUUGAGCUGGGAGUUUUUAUGGGAAGUAAUGAGAAGAUUUGGCUUUUCUGCAAAAUGUAUAUCAUGGUUACAUACUAUGUUUAUGUCAGCUAAAAUCUCAGUUCUGGUUAAUGGAGGACCAAUUGGUUUCUUCUCAGUUAGCAGGGGAUUGAGACAGGGUGACCCAUUGUCACCAAUUCUUUUUGUCAUUGCUGAAGAUGUUCUAAGUAGGAGUUUGAGUAAACUAGUACAGGAGAAGAAGAUAUCACCAAUGGUUAACAGAGGAGGAGCUCAGCCAACUCAUAUUCUCUUUGUUGAUGAUGUCUUUUUGUUCUUUAAUGGACAUAAGAAGAAUAUACUUUCAGUUCUAGAUUUUCUAAGGGAUUAUCAAGUUUCUUCUGGUCAAGUAAUCAAUCAGAUGAAAAGUAAAGUGUUUGUGGGAGGAGUAACAGAUGUAAGAAAUCAACAAAUUGCGAAUGAGUUUCAAAUGCCACUCUCCAGUUUCCCAGAUAAGUACUUAGUUUAUAAGUGGCCUGCUAGUGUAAUCAAAACAUGUGAAAGAAUGAUGAGAAACUUCCGAUGGACUGGUGAUCCAUCAACAAGAAAGAUGGUUACUAUAAAGUGGGAUAAGGUAUGUGCUCCAUUGGAAGAAGGAGGUUUGGGUUUGAAGAGGUUGAGUGUUAUAAAUAAGGCUUUAUUGAUGAAAUUAUUAUGGAUGUUGAACUCAGAAGAAGAAUGGGCAGUAUUUAUGAGAGCAAAAAAAUUUCACAGCAGAAGGAGAGUGAUAAAAGAAAAGGCUUUGGCUGAAAUUUUUCCUGAUGAUGAUUACAUAAACCAGAAUAGUGAAAUGAAGGUAUUUGACUUGAUAUGUAAUGGAGAAUGGUUGAUCCCACAAAUAAUGUUAGAAUACUUUACAGUGGAGGUUACCAGUGAUAGGAGCCAGAUAAUCUGGAAGUGGCUUGGCGGUAUGUUUGUAUUCUUGAACUCUUUGUCAUAUAAUGAUAUAAUGAAUUGGGAUAAACCCAGGAGCAUUGCGGUUCAGGAAGUAUGGUUAUUAGAUGCAUCAAUUACAAUGGUGGAACUAUGGUUUUUGAGAAACAAAAUUGUGUUUGAGGAGGAGAAACCAGACCUGAUUAGAAUAAAAAAAAGGAUUAUGCAAUUUACUAAGGACUUUGCAAUAAGGAUAAAAGGAGAAAUGUGGGAAUGUAUCUAUGAUUUCCAAGUGCUCAGAAAUUUUGACUUGAAAAGGAGGCUAGUAAGAGUGAAGAAGAUCAUGGAGCUAAGUUUUUAUCUUCCAGCUGUGAAUCAGUUGCUAGUGUGUUGUGCUGGAACUUCAAGGGGUGAACCAGGGAAUGCUGGUUUGGGGUUUGUGUGUAGAGACAAUAGAGGGGAGUUUGUAUUUGCUGAGUAA